AUGAGUAACAGAAUGAAUGAGCAAAUUUCAUCCGUGUUGAUCACCAGAGGUGCGGACAACAAAUAUGAAACUCGAUUGCUGCCUCUCUUUAUAGAUGAAGGAAGAGAGUUCAGCAGCAUGAAAGAUUCGAGGAAGAGGAAGUGCAUAAAUUCCAAGAUUGUAGAUCGAAUGGGAGGCGAGUUUAUUUUGGAAGCACUUGUAGUGCAUUUUGCAAAGAACGUUGCUGGUGACGAACAUUUAGCGACAGUAUUCGGUAUUUUCACAUUAGAGGAGCUCGUAUCUUUGCUGCGAAAUCUCAUGUGUUAUGCUUUGGAUGAUUCUUUCGAGACUUGCUUCGAAACGAAAAAGGUCCACAAAUCAAAAGUGCUCAAGAAGGUUUGCAGCCUAGGUCUCAUGGACGAAAGGAUGUCUUUCGAUCGUAUGGCUAUGCACUUUCUCGACUCCAUGAGACUUUGCUCCUUCAAGGAAACACGCACAGUUCUCCAACUCCGAGACACCCUCUUGCGCCUCAGAUUUGCCCUUCAGGAGGUCGCAUACAAGAUUGCAUUGAAAAAAACGGUAUUCCCAGUCACAAUCUUUGCUUUGCGUUGGAAUAGAUUGUCACUGUAA